GACAGUAGGUUUGCACUGUAUAAAUGACGCGCGCUCCCUGGGACGCAGACGAAAGUGCACCACAGUUCUUGCAAUGCUGCACAUCAAAGUCUGUGGAGAAGACAUUUUCUUUACUCUCAUACUUUGUUUCAAUGGAUAGUCAAGUAUAGGACAUAUUUCAAUUAUUGAAAAUCUAGAAUAUACUGGUGUUCCUGCAUCUUUAACGGCAUCGCUCGUCCAUUGACGCACGCUCUCAGGGCAAGAUGAAAACUCUGCUGUCAAUUAUAGUCCUUUGCAGUUUGGCAAAUAUGUUUUGCCAGGAGCUGUAUUCCAGCGAAGACAACUUGUCAACGGAAAAUUUCCAACUUGAGGACUACCCCUCUCAGGGUCACUUAUUAGAUCCUGAGCCUUUGCAGGCAUUACUGCGAAUCAUAAGGAAACCCGGUGCACAACAAUUCUUCGGUCUAAUGGGGAAAAGAUCCACAGCAAAAACACAAGUGACGCGCAAAAGGCAGAAAUUCCAGUCUUUUGUCGGAUUAAUGGGCAAGCGGAAUCUAAGAAAGCAAAGCGAGUAUUCUCACCACCCUCCGGUGCCCUGCAACCUGCAAGUUUAGUGGCAUGAUUACCAAGCUGUCGUCUCCUUCAGGGUUUGGAGGACCAUCAACCUGGGAGAUAAAACCUUCAUAGUUGUCAAUACAUGUCGGACCGGAGCUGUGGCUUUGACAGCCUACUGGAAAUAAAACAUUAAAAACCUCUCUGUUUUUUUUGACUAAACACAGCUACCCAUGAAUUGUAUCAACAUUGAUAUAUAAAAUUAUUGUUUAAAGAUAA